AUGAACUCAACGGCGAACGGAUCCAGCGAGUCUUCGAGCUACUUUACUCAGUUAAAUUCCACAGCGCUGAAAACCGGAGGAACCGUUGCCUACUGUCUGUUCAUGAUCGUUUCACUGGCCGCAAAUUCUCUCAUUGUUAUGAUCGUUUAUAAAACGCCGAACUUAAGAAAACCGAUAAAUUAUUUCAUCGCAAACAUGGCCUCAUCUGAUUUGCUGUUUCCAAUAUUCUGGAUACCUUGGACACUGUCACACUUGCAUACCACCUCGUUACUUAUCGGUGGUCGGCUUGGCCAGGCCUUUUGUAAACUUGUCCCCUUCUUGACAGAAGUUUCCUGGAAGGUUUCGAUUCAGAAUCUGGUUCUUAUAGCAGUGGAUCGAUUUGGAGCCGUGGUGUUUCCACUCCGUUCGCCACUCAUCAGAUGCAAGCUGUGUCCCUUCUUCAUUCUUGCCACGUGGAUAGUUGCCGCAGCUGUCAGUUGGCCAUACUUGUUCGCCGAAGACCUCGUUGAAUCCCCAGAGAGAAACCGGUGUGAUACGAAAUGGAAGAAAGUAUUCGGAGAGUCAUCGUCCCAUGCCAGUUUGCUACUAGCUUACACCAUUCUGUUUACAUACAUCCCUGUGCUGUUGCUAGUCAUUCUUUACUCCAUCAUUGUUAUCAAGCUCAAGACACAGGUACACCCAGGUGAACAGUCCGCCAACAGUCAGCAACAGCGGGACAGAAGAAACCGAAACGUGCUUCAAAUGUCCAUUGCUAUCGUAACAGUGUUUGNCUCCGUUCGCCACUCAUCAGAUGCAAGCUGUGUCCCUUCUUCAUUCUUGCCACGUGGAUAGUUGCCGCAGCUGUCAGUUGGCCAUACUUGUUCGCCGAAGACCUCGUUGAAUCCCCAGAGAGAAACCGGUGUGAUACGAAAUGGAAGAAAGUAUUCGGAGAGUCAUCGUCCCAUGCCAGUUUGCUACUAGCUUACACCAUUCUGUUUACAUACAUCCCUGUGCUGUUGCUAGUCAUUCUUUACUCCAUCAUUGUUAUCAAGCUCAAGACACAGGUACACCCAGGUGAACAGUCCGCCAACAGUCAGCAACAGCGGGACAGAAGAAACCGAAACGUGCUUCAAAUGUCCAUUGCUAUCGUAACAGUGUUUGUGCUUUGUUGGUUACCUUUCUCUACCAACGUUUUAAUCACAGAGUAUCAGGACACUUCCACGCAUUUAUCGUGUAGUUUCUUGAUAUACUAUGAAGUCGCCUUUUAUAUGGCUAACGCGUACUGUGCUAUCAACCCAGUUAUCUGUUUCAUGUUUAGCAGUAAUUACCGAAAAGCUCUUAAAAGACUCUUAAAAUGUUCUUUUGCAAAGGCGUAG